AUCCGCGUCGCGAGGGCGUGUGACUGCGACUGGAGGCGCGAGACAGCGGCUGGAGGCGUGUCCGGAGAAACGGGAAACAGACCAUCGUCAUGAAGGGCGACGUGGCUGCGGCGGCGGCACUGCUGGCGCUGGGGGCGGUGCUCAGCCUGUGUGCGCCGGCGUGCGAGGCGGCCAACAUCCUGGCCGUGUUCCCCGUGCCCGGCAAGAGCCACUGGAUCGUGUUCCGCGAGUUGCUGCUCGAGCUGUCGCGCCGCGGCCACAAUCUCACCGUCAUCUCGCAUUUCGUGCUGGACCAGCCGCCGCCGCCCAACUGGGAGCAGAUCGUUGUAGGGGCCUACCACGAGGAGUUGCCCUCUGGUCCAAACUUAUUUGACCUCGGAACGUCGGGAGCAAUGCAGGAGGUGAAGUUCCUGAUGGCGCACGGGAGGGGUUGGUGUAGGAGGGCCCUGGAGGAGGAGCACAUGCGGAAGCUGGUCACGUCGAAGGACCGCAGGUACGACCUGCUGCUGAUCGAGGUGUUCUUCAACGACUGCCUGUUCGCGCUGGCGCACAAGUUCCGGGUGCCGACGGUGGGGGCGUGCGCCCUGGGCGGCGGCGCCAGCUGGAUGGGCGACGCGGUGGGCAACCCCUACCCGCACAGCUACCUGCCCGAGCCCUUCCUCAAGUUCACCAGCCGCAUGAGCCUGCCCGAGCGCCUCUACAACGCCUUCUUCGGGACGUACUUCAGACUGGUCCGCGAGCUCAGCUACCUGCCGCAGCUGGACGCCAUCGUCCGGGAGCGCUUCGGCGACGCCAGCAUGCCGCCCUUGUCGCACAUCAUGCGCAACAUGUCUCUGCUGCUGGUCAACAGCCACGUCAGCUUCUACUACCCGCGCCCACUCGUUCCCAACUUGAUAGAAGUCGGGGGGAUGCACAUCAAGCCGCCGAAAAAGCUCCCGGAUGACCUGCGAACUUUCAUGGACGAAGCGACGGACGGCGUCAUCUUCUUCAGCAUGGGGACCAACAUCAAGAGUGAAGAUAUUCCGGAGAAGCAGAAGGAAGCCAUUCUCAGAGUGUUCUCAAGACUGAAGCAGAAGAUUCUGUGGAAAUUUGGCACGGAGCGCUUGCCCAACCAGCCGGCGAACGUGAGGCUGGGGAAGUGGCUGCCCCAGUACGACGUGUUGAAACAUAAGAACACGAAACUCUUCAUAACCCACGGAGGCCUGAUGAGCAUACAGGAGGCCGUUUCAGCGGGAGUGCCGCUGCUCGGAAUCCCGGUGUUCGGAGACCAGCAGGUGAAUCUGGGCAGAGUGGAGAGCGACGGCUUCGGCAUCAUGCUCACCAUGGACAACAUCACCGAGACCUCCUUCGGCUGGGCGUUGUCCGAACUACUGACGAACCCAAGGUACCAAGAGAUGGCCAAGAAGAAAUCUGUGGUGUUUCACGACCGCCCCCAGAAGCCGCUGGACACGGCCGUGUACUGGGUGGAGUACGUGCUGAGGCAUGGCGGCGCGGCGCACAUGCGGUCCGCCUCCCUCGACCUGUCGUGGUACCAGUACCUGCUGCUGGAUGUCGCUGCGGUCGCGCUGGCGGCGUUGUUUCUUGCUCUGUCCGCUGUGGCGCUCAUCACGACAGCUGUCUUCAGAAGAAUCACUAAAAACGGAUCGGUGGCCCAAACAAAGAAGAAGCGCACGAAGGAGGACUGAGUUAACGUUGUGACGGAUUGUCCAUUCAGCUGUGGGGAGUAGUUUUCCCUGAAUCAGAGACUGCGGAAAUGGGCACCAGGAUGUAAGAUCAAAGGGUGAACACUGUAUUUGCAUUCACUUGUGUGAAGGUAGCUGUGUGGACACCGAGCAGUGUGCAGUGAACAACAUGCUCAGUGUUGUCAGUAUCAGAUUUUGACUAUUCUGGAGUGAAGAAUAGCUCGAUUUGGAUGUUUAUUUUAUGUGUAAUGCGGACUGUGGCACUGUAUAUUGCCAAGGAAGGACACUCUUCUGUAUUGUAGUCCUGCAGUUUUUUUAUGGUUGCUACUGUCUUGUACAAAAACUAACAAAAAGUACCUUUGCUAUCAACUUGUUGUGAGAGCAAAGUCAUUUUGUAAAAGCUACACUGUUACAGCACAAGAUGUUUAAUUUUUUUACUU